AUGGCUUACGGGGCCAAGGCUACCAUCUUGCUCUUCCUUGCCGCUCUUAUAGGCUUUCAUGUACAAGCAGGUAAUGCUCAGGGUGGUUGUCAGCUGUCAGACAUAGUCAUCACGCAGAAGAACACAGGAAAGGUCGUGGAGGGCCAGGCGCAGUACCGUGUGACCAUCGAGAACAAGUGCUCAUGCUCGCAGGCCAACGUCAAGGUGCGGUGCUUCGGUGUUCAUAGCGUCGAGCCAGUAGACAAGAGCAAGAUCCGCCCCAUGGACAGUGAGCUUUGCAUCAUUGUAGAUGGGAAGCCGAUCACCAAGGGGUCUCCGGUGACCUUCACCUACGCCGCAAAGACACCUCAGGACUUCCCUGUCGUCAAUGCCAAGCCACAGUGCUGA